AUGAGCCUCUACGCUCGACACCUGUUCUCCCAUAUCAGGUCAAGCUCGCCUAAAACCACUCAAACCUUGCGCAACCCAACUUUGGUCUUAAAGCGUCCAGUUGCAACAGCACCGCUCUCCGCACAGUUUAAACUAAAUCCCAACAUGUCAGCCUUCAAUUGUUUGGUUCACGGCGAAACUCCUCCUGUCGACCGUGUUUUCACUGUUGAAGUCGAGAAGACCAAAACAGUUGCCAUGCUCAAGAAAGCAAUCAAAGAGGAAAAGCCAAAUAAUUUUCGCAGCAUCGACGCCGACCAGCUCGCUCUCUGGAAAGUCUCGCUUCCUCUUGACAGCAGUAUCGAAAAGGUGCUCAAAGAACUUGUGCUUGAAGAUAACGUCACGAAGGGUGUUCAAAAAUUGCUCCCAGCGAAGAAGUUAUCAAGCUAUUUCACCGAAGAACCUGCCGAAGAACAGUUGAAUUUCCAGUGUGAUUAUGAUAUAGAAUCAGAUUUCAAAAGUGGUGAUGCUGCAG